GCCAUCUGGGCACCGAACUGAAGAUCACAACGAGAGAUAUAAUAUAUGUGAUGCGUGCCCGCGUACCUUCAAGCGUCCGUUUCACGCGAUCCCGCCGCCCGCGUUGUUUCGGCGUCCGCGGGGGACGCCUGCGCGAAUUUCCUUCGGGAAUCGGGAACCCGCGCGUUCUCUAGGUAGGGAUAGCGCGGGAUUCAGGGGCGAAAUCGCACGGUGGUUGAAAACCGCCGUCGUGUACCAGUCGUACGUAGGCGGUCACGCGGUCACGAGCAGGCCCUCAAUUCCAUGUCGCCGUCUCUCGUCCCGUUUCUUCGAUACGGGCUUCUUCUGAUCAUCGCCUUCGGGAAUGGUGUUUGCGACGAGCACGAAUACAGACUGACGAAGUACUUGCUGGAUGGAUAUGACGCCGGCGUGAGGCCAGCUAAAAAUUCGUCCCAGCCACUGGUCGUGGUUUUUGGACUGUCUCUUCAUCAUAUUAUCGACGUCGAUGAAAAGAACCAGAUACUCACGACCAACUGUUGGGUUACGCAGGUUUGGACCGAUCAUCACUUGAAAUGGAAUGCCUCGGAAUUCGCUGGAAUUCGAGUAAUCCGCGUUCCAUACAAUCGUGUCUGGCGACCUGACACGAUUUUGUAUAACAAUGCGGAUCCACAAUAUAGUUCAGCGGUCAUCAAUACAAACGUGAUCGUCAGUCAUACGGGCGAGGUGGUCUGGCUAAGCCACGGUAUCUUUCGCAGCAGCUGCGACAUAAAUGUAGAGUUCUUUCCCUUUGACGAGCAACGAUGUGCCCUGAAAUGGGCCUCCUGGACGUACGACGGGUACCAACUCGAGCUGGAGAGCCAGAGCGAGCAGGGGGACGUGAGCAAUUAUCAGGCGAACGGCGAGUUCCAUCUUCUGGACUUCACCGCUCGCCGAAACGUCGAGUAUUACUCCUGCUGCGAGGAGCCGUACCCCGACAUCACUUACGAGAUCCGCUUACGACGACGUCCGAUGUUCUACGUCUUCAACCUGAUUCUGCCCUGCAUACUAAUCAACGGCGUCGCCCUGCUGGUGUUCUACGUGCCCUCCGAGUCCGGGGAGAAAGUCACCCUCGGCAUCUCGGCCCUUCUCUCCAUGACGGUGUUCUUGAUGACCAUUCGCGAAACUUUGCCGCCCACGGAGAAGACACCGCUGAUAAGUCUUUACUAUGGCGUCAGCAUUUGCCUGGUGUCGUUCGCAUCCGGUCUGGCGGUCGUGACAUUGAAUUUGCAUCACCGUGGUGUGCGGGGCAUACGUGUACCGAGUAUCGUGAGAUCGCUGGUCUUAGACAAAUUAGCCAGGAUAGUAUUUCUGAAUUUCCAAGAGGAGAAUAGAUCGGAGCCGGCGGAACAAUUCUCGAGAAGGAAGAACAACUGUCCGCUGCACUGCAAGCCCGAACUGCCGGAGCAGCACGUAUCCCCCAAAUAUGUAUCGAGAAAAGACGAUAGUAACAGCUCUAGUCCCAGUCUAGAUCUCAGCAAGGAGGGCGGCCUUGAGGCGCAUUGGUCCCGGGUCCUGGGAAGAGUGCACGCGACCAUCGAGAGGAACGAGCGGCGCCUAAUCGAGCAGGAUCGCCGGGAAAGGACAGAGUUAGAUUGGAAACAGGUCGCUUUGGUCAGUGAUCGUGCCCUGUUGUGCGUUUUCUUACUUACGACGAUUGUCAGCACAGCGGUGAUUUUAUGCGGCUCGCCCCCGACCCCGGAUAUACCCAAAGAUUAGUAAUCCUUGGACUACCGGUUCGACUAAUCGUUCGAUGGUCGGCGAACGUCUUUCGAGGAUCAUCGAUGGUUUUCAAUCCAGUUAAUUUUGUUCCGUGUACCGAAGAAAAUUAAAUUUAGCUGACUCGUCGAUGCGAAGAAUAAACAAAUAUUCGUCGUUACUUAUUUUAUAAUGAGAUAUGUGUUAACUCGUGCAAAAAAUAAGUAAAUUUUGAGAAAUUAAUAGAAACUUCUAUUUCCAUUUGCUGGUAUCGUUGAAAAGAAAGAAAGAAAAAUCAUUUUGAUACAAAUCAGAUUUCUUUUCAUUCGCAUAUUUCUUGCACAGGAUAAACGUAAAGAUGUGUAAUUUUAGUUUUAGAUAGAUGUAACGUGUUUAGAAAACGAAGUGUGUAUUUCUCGAUCAAGGAUGACUUUAAGGAAUGUAAAGAAACUGCUGUGUAUAUUAAUCCCGGCAACAAAUUUUUUUCUUUCUAAAUUUGAAAUUGGCCAGGCCAAUUUGGCCUUUUGAGAGUGUGCGUAACUCACGUAACCCUACAUAAUUCGAAUUAAAACUUAAAUUCGCCUCUGCUCUCUCAACGUUUUCUUUUUUAUAUCGAACGAGCAAUUCGAGAAUAAUUUCGAAGUAGCCGAAACUGUAAAUAUAUGUAUCGAAGUUUGUCACAGAAUGUAUAAAUUUAGUGACAGAGUAAACCCAUAAAAGCUCAUCAUUGCUCUAAAUGUGUUUAUCGACAUAAAAUAAUAAUAUAGAUUUAGAAAAAAUGAGAGAGCGUUCCUUAUGAAUGAGAAUUCGUUAUCGUAAUGAAAUAAUAAAUGUAUCGUCAAAA